AUGAGUGAGCAGGAGGUCACUUUCCCAAGAGUGAGACUUCAUAAGUCUUCAAGGUUGAAGAACCACGUGUGGUUUGAUUGGACUCAGAGGCCUAGAAAAGCUGACCUAAGAGCAUGUUCAGUCCCCUGGCAGCUCAUUGUGAUAGCUCUUGGAAUCCUCUGUUCCUUUCAGCUGGUAAUUGUUGCAGUGUUUGUGACAGGGAGCAGAGGUGUUAAAUACUGGUUCUGCUAUGGUAUUAAAUGUUACUAUUUCAUCAUGAACAAAAUUACAUGGAGUGGAUGUAAGCAGAACUGCCAGCAUUACAGCUUACACCUUCUGAAGAUAGAUAAUGAAGAUAAACUGAAAUUCCUUCAACUCCAUAUUAUUCCAGACAAUUACUGAAUUGGAUUGUCAUAUGAUAAGAUAAAAAAGGAAUGGGCAUGGAUUGACAAUGGCUCAUCUAAACUGUGA